CCCACAGAUAUGUCAUCCAUUAAGACUGAGUGCAUCACCAACGAGGGCAACAGGAUUGGGGAGUCGCCCGUCUGGGACGAGAAAGAAAGCUCACUGCUGUAUGUGGACAUCACGGGUAGAAAAGUGUGUCGCUGGAGCUCUGUCAGCAAGCAAGUGCAGGCCAUCUCUGUGGAUGCUACUGUGAGCUCUGUGGCUCUCCGGAAAUCUGGCGAUUAUGUCAUCACCCUAGGAACCAAGUUUGCCACUUUGAAAUGGAAAGAGCAGGUGGUAAGCACCAUUACUCAAGUGGACAAAGACAAACCAAACACCCGAUUCAAUGAUGGUAAAGUGGAUCCUGCAGGGAGGUAUUUCGCAGGUACCAUGGGUGAGGAGAUUCAGCCUGCUGUGGUGGAAAGAAAGCAGGGUGCUCUGUACACACUCUUCUCUGAUCACUCGGUAGUAAAGCACUUUGAUCAGGUGGACAUUUCUAAUGGGCUGGACUGGUCACUGGAUCAUAAAACCUUCUUUUACGUUGACAGUUUGUCAUACUCGGUGGAUGCCUUUGAUUAUGACCUUCAAACUGGAAAAAUUGGCAAUCGCAGAAGUAUGUACAAACUGGAAAAAGAGGAGAGCAUUCCUGAUGGGAUGUGCAUCGAUACCGAAGGCAAACUCUGGGUAGCUUGUUACGAUGGUGGGAGAGUGAUUCGUCUUGACCCUGAGACAGGGAAAAGGCUCCAGACUGUGAAACUUCCUGUUGACAAGACAACUUCUUGCUGUUUUGGAGGAAAGGAUUAUUCAGAAAUGUAUGUGACCUCUGCCAGUGAUGGGAUGGAUAAAGAACAUCUUGCAAGGCAGCCGCAGGCUGGCAGGAUUUUUAAGAUAACAGGGCUGGGGGUGAAAGGAGUCCCACCGUAUCCAUUUGCAGGUUAAGUGUACGCUCUUCAGAAUGGAUUAGAGAGAACUGAUGGAAGCAAGACAAGUCAGAAGAUCUUAUUCUGGUGUUCAGCAUCUUUAGCUUAGAAAUCGUAACACAAUUAUCUCA